AUGAUUGUCACAGCCGGCCACUACAUCGCCCGUCAAAAUCUCAACUUCACCAUCACAGUAAUGACCGAUCCUCCAGCCGAAGAAUUCACCCCUGUUUGCUCCUCAGAAGAUAUCUCCGGUCCUGAAAUUUCGCCGAAUUCUUCAGAUAUCUUUAACGAAAGAAAAAAGUACGAUUGGACGACGGCUCAAUAUGGCUACAUGUUGGGCGCUUUUUAUAUUGGCUACUGCGCCGCUGUUUUUCCAGGUGCUUUGGUGGCGCAAAAAUUCGGAUUUCACCCAACAAUUCUAUUUGUAUGCUUUGGAAACGCACUUGCUUCAUUCUUUUUCCCGAUUUUGGUCGAUUAUUCUUUUGCAGCUGGAAUUUUUUCACGAAUCUUACUUGGCCUUACUUCCGGUCCCAUUAUGCCGAGCAUACAGGGCGCUUGGUACUGGUGGGGUUGUCCAGAAGAAAUCACGAUCAACAUCGCGAUCCAAUCGAUUGGCGUUACGCUGGGAAAUUGCUUCGGCGCCAUCGGAACUGGCCUGAUUAUUCAGCAUUUUAAUUGGCAAUUGUCUUUUUACCUGUCUGGCUUGAUGAUGUUUCUUGUCGGCCUUCUCUGGCUGCUGAUGGUCGACCCGAUACCAGAAAAAGAAUGGCCUCAAAACUUGAGCUGCUUGAAUUGCUGCAAGAUUUCAGCGAGAAUGACGGAAGAGGAGAAAAUUUUGAUCAAAAGUUCGAGACCUCCGGCGGUUGAAUCUCCAAGAAAGGGUUCAAAGAAAAGGCGACAAAAGAGGAGAAAAUUUUUCCGAACCCUUUUGAGACUCCGAGACAUGCCGAUAAAAUCGAUCAUUUCCGACCCUCAACUGUAUAUAAUCUCCUUUAUUUGGUUUGCAAUGAGCUAUGUCAUCUACAGCGCGACGAAUAAUACUCCAACGUAUCUAAGGAGAGUUCAUGGAUUGCCGAUUCAAAGAAUCACUUUUCUUUUUGGAAUUAUUUCGGUUUCUUGUUUGGUCGUCAAUGUGGCUAUUGCGAUUAUAGCCGACCGAAUGAGAAAAAUCAUGUCAUCAACUUUUGUCAGAAAAACUUGGACUGCUGGAAUGGGCAUCAUUUUCCUCCCAAGUGUUGUUCUCGUUAAUUUUCUCGGCUGCGAUGCAAAAACGAUCGAAUUCUGCUUGGCUGUUUUCGUCGUCUGCGCAAGCACUGCCUCAACGAUCGGCUUGAAACCGCUGACAGCUGAUAUUUCCGGAAAUUAUGCUUCGGUCAUUUUUGGGUUUGUGAAUUUCAUCGGCAAUUUCGCUGGUUUUGCUGCUCCCAGAAUUAUGGCAUUUUUUCUCACGGGCAAGAAUCAAGGAGAGCCGGAAAGCUGGGACAUGGUUUUUGCGUUACCGGCGGGCGUGUUUACCAUUGCUCUUGGAAUCUUCAUCGCAUUCGGAACGGCGGAGACUCGCUCCUGGGCACUUACGGAAAAGAAAGAAGACCGCGAAAAUGGCUCGAACUGCAAAGUGCUGGAAGGAGAAAAACUGGUCUUCGCUGAAUCUUCCUUGUCUUCAGACGAAAUUUAA